AUCAAAACAGUUAACAUUUGACAGCUCAACACUGCCCCGCAAAAGUCUAAUAAAAUGCAAUGAGAGAGGUUACUGCCAGUGUCAGGAAUAAACUACAGUAUUUAACUAUCGUCUUUAGAUAAUGGGGCGACUUUUUACCGGACUGUCGAAGAAUGCUAAUCCGAGGAAAAUGUACUUCUGGCUAGUUUUAUCUGGCAGCCGAUCUCUGUGGAAGUAGCUCGUUAGCUUCCACGGCUAACGAAAGUUGCUCCAUGGCUAUCUAUGGGCUGAACAUUACCAUAUAUAGACCGGCCACAGGGCUCCCUCGAACGGUGAAAUGUAAACAGUGACUCGCUGAGGAGGCUGACAAAGGGCAAGCAAAAAAGACCUGGAAUAAAAAACAACAACAACACGCUUCGCCAUGUCAUCUGAGCAGAUUAUUGCCAUCGUCAUGGAUGACAAGAUCUACGAGGUGAAUAAAAAGAAGUUGAUAGAGAAGAGCGACUACUUCCGUGCACUGUACAGCUCCGGGAUGAGGGAGUCCACGGAGGACUCGGUGCAGCUGCAGGGACUCAGCGUGCCCGGUCUGGAGCUGGUCCUGGAGUUCAUCAACACCUCCAAGGUCCAGGUUGUCAACGAGACUCUGGAGGACCUGAUUGAGACCGCCUCCUUCUUGCAGGUCACCUCCAUCCUCAAGCUCCUCACCUCGGAGAUCCGGCUGGACAACUGCGUGGAGCUGUACAGCCUCUCUGAAGUCUACGGGACUCACGAUCUGCGCCACGCGUGUCUCAAGUACAUGAGCUGCUACUAUCAUCCCAUGCUGAGGCGGCCGGAGUUCAGCAGCCUCCCCUCUGCUGUCAGAGAGCAAGUCCGGGAGAUGCGCAUGAAAGGCACCGCCACCCUGGUGGCCAUCGGAGACUUCACCUGUCUCUCCCUGGACAUGCCCGAUCGGGAUGAACCCUGGUCCAUGCUGAGGUACGGAGAGGUGGAGCAGCGCUGGAAACCGCUCGCGAACAACCUGCCUCCAGAUAUGAUCAAUGUCAGAGGAUACGGCUCAGCUGUCCUCGAUAACUACCUGUUCAUAGUCGGUGGCUACAGGAUGACCAGCCAGGAGAUCUCUGCGGUGCAUUGCUACAACCCCUGUAGGAACGAGUGGAACCAGGUGGCUCCGCUCAACCAGAAGAGGUCCAAUUUCAAGCUGCUGGCAGUGCAAGGGAAGAUGUACGCUGUGGGAGGCCAGAGUCUGGGAACAGUGGAGUGUUACAGCACCGAGCAGGACUGGUGGACCUGUGUGUCCUCCAUGCCCGACCCACUGGCUGAGUUCUCUGCCUGCGAAUGCAAGGGGAUGAUCUACGUCAUGGGUGGAUACACUGCAAGAGACAGGAACACAAGUGUCCUCCGUUACUGCCCCACCUCCGACAGCUGGACGGUGUUUCGGACAUGUUCGGCGCACAUCCGCAAGCAGCAGAUGCUCUCCGUGGAGGACACCAUCUACCUGGUGGGCGGCUACACCCACGAGCUGGAGUUUGGCCAGCGGCAGCGGCGUCCCAGCCAGACGGAGGACGUGCUGACGGUGCAGUCCUACAACGUCUCCACGGGCAAGUGGGUCCAGCUAAAGGAGAACACGUCCAAGUCGGGCCUGAACCUGACGUGCACGCUGCACAACGACGGCAUCUACAUCAUGAGCCGGGACGUCAGCCUGCCCACCAGCCUGGAGCACCGCGUCUUCCUCAAGUACAACAUCUUCUCUGACGCCUGGGAGGCCUUCAGGCGCUUCCCGGCUCUGGGUCAGAACAUGCUGCUCUGUUCGCUUUACCUCCCCAACGUGCUGUGAUCGAGAGUGCUGAUGAGAAAGACUCAAAGCUGGUGGAAGCCAUGCGGCGUUACUAUAGGCCAGUGUGUGGUUCGCUUGUUCUCGCAUACAAUGGGGCUCUGUGGCGUUAGUGGGAGCAGCGUCCGGUUGCCAGGUGGAACGCCCUGUGACCUUUGUGCCUCGACAAAAAGAAAAGAAAAGCGCACUACAUUGUACAUACUGCUGUGGAUGCAAAUACAAAAGCUACAAUGACAAGUAUGAAGAGUGAUGAAGCGCCAUGGCCCAUAGGUCAACAGCAUCAGAACAGCCCCAGUUUGUGCCUCUCGUGUAUUAAACAUUACAGUCACAGUGGAUAUAAUUUGACCAUCAGUGUUUAAAAAUGACACUCAACCAAGCUGGGGCUACAUAACAGCAUGCUUUUAAAUCUAUGGGUCACAAUACUCCCAAUGUUUACACUCCACAUAUGGCAUUGGUGUACCCGUUUAUCCACAGUUCACUACAAACCUUAAAAUAUCUCUGAAACCAAAACACAUUUCCUGUCUUUAUGAACUGAACAUAGCAGAUAAUCACGAACAAUGGCUUUGGUUUUACACUGCCAGUUCUAUGGGUACAAGAGAUUCCUUGAGAGUUGUGGUUUGUGAUGAGAAGUGGCUCAGAGGGAGCUCGAUGUGUUGCGUGUACACUUUGUCUUAUUUAUCCAGAGAUACGCUAAACUAAGCUUAAAGCGCAAUUCCAUGAAAUGAACGAUGUGCCUUCUGCAACCUCAGUUAAUGGAACUUGGUACAAAAAAAAAAAAAAAAAUGCACAAAAUGCAAGACUUUGUUACAUUGCCAGCAACUGACCAAAACUGCUGUUUUUGAAUUCCUUGUGUUCUCUCUGCUGAAGCAGGUUCUGUGUUCACGGAGGUACUAAUCAGUUCCUUGAUUAAAGAACAGAGGUGUGCAGACAAAUGAGCCUCAAAGCAAAAAUCUAUUUCUGAAAUCCUGAAGUUUCAUGUAAAUGCAGCACUUUCAAUGUUUGAUUCAGUGGAUUUCAGAUUCUCUCUGCAUUACUUUUAUCUGUUUGGGAAUUUAGGUCAUGAUGAUAAUAAAGACGAUGUUCAGAGGUCUGUUUUGCUAUUUGUCCUGUUUUAUAAUGAGUCAUUACUGCAUUUUCAGUUUUUGUCUCCAACGGUUCGUCCAUCACAAUGUCCCAGAGUCCAUGAUGACUUUUUAAGAUUGCAUGUUUUGUGACCAACCAAAACCCAAAUAUGUUACAGUAAUAUAAAACUCUGUCCUCAGUCCUCAAAACUUCAUAAACACUGGAAAAUACCAUCCCACAUGAGCAAAGUCAUCAAACAUGCCUGAAUCUAUUCCUCUCACAGGAAUAUUCAUAACAUAACCGCAUCAAAACACUUGAUACCAACAUCACAUCUCCAAAAAAGGCUGCAUGAGUCCC